AUGGAAUGCAACGGCUGUUUCAGUCGCAUACAUGGAUUCAUCCUAAUCCGGGCCCUAGCGCAACGUCCCGCUGGGACUCAAGGCGUCCUUGAGGAGAAGCUGCCCGCACUCGAAAUUCUCCGGAGGACUCACAUUUUACUACAGUGCGUCACAUGUCACCAGUUCAUCACCGUCCGCUUCGAACCAGCAUACAAAGAUUACCUCUUGGAGAGCGGCGCAACAAGAUUGCCUGAGACCAUGUGGCAUGAUAUGGAGGCGGGAAAUGGAGCUGGGCCGAAUGACCAAAAUCACGAUCCAAGGAAAAGAUUCAGUUCGGAUGUUGUUGAGCGGCACAGCAGGCUCAAUCGAAGAUUGGAUUGGCAGAGGCAGUUCAAACGUACGUUGAAAUGGAUAUUGAAGGAAGAGCGAAAGAAGCAAGAAGAUCAGCUGGGCGAGCUUGAUCAAUUGUUCCGGGAUGCGCAACAGAGCCGCGGGGAGGAGGUGACUGGCUUGCCGCAGGUAUCGGAGAUGGCGGUAUUUCUUGGAGCACCCCCUAACUGGCACGAUGGACUCGUGAGGACUGAGGCGGACGAUAUCCUAGAUGGUCUGGAGCGAGAGGAUCUGGAGCGAGAGAGCCUGACGCGAGAGGAUCUGAAUCCUAUGGUAGUGGGGACAGGUCAGCAAACGGAAUCUGGAACAGGAUCGAAGAGGGAGAGAGAAGAUGAGUCGCCGGAUUCUUCCCGCAAGAUGCGGAGGAGCGAUUCUGUCUAG